UGCGACAAAGUAUAUAAGGAGGGACCGUGAAUGAAUCUUCAGAGUGCAGCUUCCAGCUGAAGAUCAACAUGGCUCGUAACGUUGCAGUGACCUCCCUCCUCGUGGCUCUGUGCCUCAUAGCAGCAGUUUCUGGACACAGCACGUAUGGCAUUGGCGGACACAGACCUGUUGUCCACGGCAGUGGGUUGCUCGGUGGUGUCCACGGAGGUGCUCUAGGUGGUGUUCACAGCGGUGUCCUCGGAGGUGUUCACGGCGGUGUCCACGGAGGUAGUGUUCAUGGCCUAGGACUCGUAGGCUCUGGCAUCCACGGCGCUGGAUCCUUCAACACCGCUCAUUACCCUGGUAUUGUGCCUGGUUACAGCUUCUACGACCAAAGACCCGUGCUCGGAUACAACAGCUGCAAGUACUGGUGCAAGAGUAAUUAUACCAACAAGUACUACUGCUGCCAACGACCUUACCAAGGAUAGACUCACAAUUCUUCUGUGAAAAGUAUUUUUUCUGUUGAUUGUCUGUUAGAGCAUCAUAAAUUAUUUACUCAUGAAUAAAACUUAUUUUCACGAC